GGUCCUUUGCUUCCUACGCAUAUCACCAUGGCCAAGGCCGUGCCUCUGAUCCAAUCCGACGGCUUUGGUUUUCGGGGUAUAUGUCUACGUCCAGACUCCACUGCAAAUGUGUCUGUCUUCCCGCCAGUCCCCGAACGCGCGCUUCCCGGGGCCGGGCGCCGCCAGGCCGAGGACCUUUUAGUGGAGUCUGCCUCUGACCAAGACCUUCGGGCCAAUUUCUCCAUAUCUUUGCCAACAGUGUUAUUAUCUGAGGACCUUAACCGCACCCACCCUGAACUGAUCGAAAGUGCUAAUGAGGGGAGGAGCUGUUAUUCGGGGAAGUGUUGCCAAUGUUGUAAAUACUUUAGCAUGUUAACUUUGGAAAGUGAAAAUUAUUGAUUAUGGCCCGCUUUUCCAAAAAAGAGAUGGAUGAAGAGUUUGAACAGUUUAUAAAAGAGCUUUCAGAUGAUUCUUUUGAAAAUUCAAAUAUAACACCUAGACAACCUAAAAAAGAAAUGAAGAAGAAAGAUACAGUGCCUUGGUGGAUAACAGAAGAUGAUUUUGAAGAUGGUGGACAGCUUGGAACAAAUGUAAGCUUUUUGAAAACAAAGAAGAUUUCUCAGCCUGCUAUGGAAAUAGAAGAGGACUCUACUGAAAAGAUUCAACUUCUUAAAAGCAGUGGAACCUCUAUCUUAAGUAUUGACAGCUUAGAAGCAAAUGAACUAGCAGUUUCUGAGCUCAAUCAUAGUAUUCUUGGAUUGGGAUUGGACACAUUAGAAGAACAAGAGGAGAAAGAGCAAUUUUUUGCCAGGCUUGAGAAAGGCUUAACAUCUUCCAUUGAUUAUUCAAGGUUAAAUAAGGAAUUGGAUUCUAAUGACUCCAUACAUUUUAAAGCUUUACAUAGCAGUCAAGCCAAUAUAGAACUAACUGAAGAUGAACAUGAGAAUGAAUCAAAACAUGAAGAACUGGCAGAAAAUUAUAGUGAUGAUUUUGAGGAUGAAGAGGAUAUUGAUGCACCUUUGACUACUAAAGAUGAAAAGACUCAUUGCAAAGAGAAUCUCAAAUCAGAAAAAAUAAAUGCACCCAAACAGGAAGAAGAGAAAACUGGCAUGCUGGCUAAUGUUGUGUUGCUUGAUUCGUUAGAUUCUGUUGUAGAGGUCAACCUUGAUGAACAAGAUAAGAUGACAACUAAGCCGAAAGCCCUACCAGAAAUGACUGAUAAUGAAAUGACAGGAACAGGUGUUUCUUAUGGACAAAGCAGUAGUGACAUUGAAGCCCUACAUCGGGCUUAUUGUCAUGUAGCCCAUUCUUUGGAAGAUGCAGAUGAACAAAGAAUUGAGAGUAAUGUGAUGGAAAAUGUCAAGAGCUCAGUGAAAGAUCAUCCUCAAGAAAAUGAAGAGUCUUCGAAAAACAUCUCUACUACUGAAUCUGAUCUGCCCACAGUAGAGGAGCUGAUGAAACCUAUCAGAAUUGAUUCCUUUGGGAUCAGUGGUUUUGAUUUACAACCUGUCAGCUCUAAGAAAGUGGCUGAUAAUAAAGAAACUGAAUUUGUUAGCCCUUUACCUCUUAAUAUGAACCCAAAUGUUAUAUCUCAAGACCCACAACAUGUGAACCAAUUUUUUGACAAAAAUGAUCAGAAGGUGAUUUCACAAAAGGCAACAAAUGAGGGUAUGGAAAAUAGCCAUCCAAGAGUAUCUGCUACAGAAGAACAUAUUGAUAAAAUGUACCUUGAUAUUCUGAGGAAAAAAACAUCUGUUAAUCCUUCAUUAUUAAUUCAAGAUGACAAAAUUAAUAAAACUUACAGAUCUCAACUCAGUUCUGGAGAAGAAGGGACUGUAGUUGGCAAACAGGCACCAUACAAGAAGGUCAGAAGUACACCUCCUUUACUUAAAAAGAAACCCCAGAGUGGAUUAUAUGCAUCAGUCAGGAGCUCAGGCUAUGGCAAACCCAGUUCGCCACUCAACUUGUCCACUCUUGAAAAGAAAACUUCAAAGGAUGUUACAAAAAGCAAAAAUUUGAGAUCCAUACCCACCUCAAAUCAAGCUAGGAAAAAAGAAAUCUUAUCUGGAACAAAACUCAUCAAACCUGCAGCUUUGAGUAAUCCAGUUCCUAGAACUGAAAGUUGCCUGGCUACUCCUAAGAAGUCUGAAGAUCCUACAGAAACUGAUCCUUGCAUUCAGUUUAAAACUGAUUCUUCAGGAUACUGUGGGGGGAAUGAAGAGAAAGAAUUAUUUAUGUUUAAAAGAGUUCAGGAAGCAGAGGAGAAAUGGAGGGGUGCACAAGCCCUAAUUGAGCAAAUUAAAGUCACAUUCUCAGAAAAAGAAAAAGAACUGGAAAAUAAGUUGGAAGAACUAAAAAGACAACAGGAAAAAGAACUCUUCAGAUUGAAUCAAGACAAUUAUAUCCUUCAAACCAAGUUAAGUAGCUUUGAAGAAACAAACAAAAAACAAAGGUGGUUACAUAUUGGAGAAACAACUGAUCCUGUCACUGGAGAAAAAUUGAAGCAAAUCCGAAAGGAAAUACAAGAACAAGAGACACUUCUUCAAGGAUAUCAACAGGAAAAUGAAAAAUUGUACUAUCAAGUGAAAGAUCUCCAAGAACAAAACAAGAAAAAUGAAGAGCGAAUGUUUAAGGAAAACCAAAGUUUAUUCAGUGAGUUAGCUUCCUUAAAAGAACAGAUGCACAAAAGUCGUUCCCUGUCUCAAGCAGUUGAAGAUUCAGAGCCCACCAGAAACCAGAGUUUUACAGAUCUGUUAGCAGAACUACGGGUGGCACAGAAAGAGAAAAACAGUUUAUUGGAAGAAAUCAAAAGACUGAAACAAGACAAACAAGCUCUUGAAGUAGACUUGGAAAAAAUGAAGAAAGAGAGGGACCAAGCCAAAGAUCAGAUUGCUUAUGCCACAGGUGAAAAAUUAUAUGAAAUAAAAAUUUUAGAAGAAACACAUAAACAAGAAAUCUGUCGUCUACAAAAAAGAUUACGGUGGUAUGCUGAAAAUCAGGAACUUCUGGAUAAAGAUGCAGUUCGGCUUAAAGAAGCAAAUGAAGAAAUUGAGAAGCUCAAACUUGAAAUAGAGAAACUAAAAGCUGAAUCUGGGAAUCCAUCUAUUCAGCAGAAGAUACGCUUAAAAGAUAAAGCAGUUGAUGCCAAAAAAAUUCAAGACCUGGAGCGACAAGUUAAAGAAAUGGAAGGAAUUCUAAAGAGAAGAUAUCCCAAUUCAUUACCUGCUUUAAUAUUGGCCGCAUCAGCAGCGGGUGAUACAGUGGAUAGAAAUACAGUGGAAUUUAUGGAAAAAAGGAUAAAAAAGCUGGAAGCUGAUCUGGAGGGCAAAGAUGAAGAAGCAAAGAAAAGUCUUCGUACCAUGGAACAAGAGUUUCAGAAAAUGAAAAUUCAGUAUGAACAGAGACUAGAGGAACAGGAGAAGCUACUUGCCUACAAAUUGAAGGAAGCACCCCAAAACCAACAUGACAGCUCCUCCAAGGUUAAAACAUUAGAGAAGGAACUCAGCGCCAUUAAGGAAGUCCACCAGAUCACUGUAAGAAACCUUGAAGCUGAAAUAGACAUUCUUAAACGUCAGAAUACUGAAUUAGAACUCAAGAAAAAUAAUAAAGAUGACAAAGAUUUUCAUUCUAUAGAAUUCCAGGUGGAACAGGCACAUGCUAAAGCUAAACUGGUGAGACUCAAUGAAGAACUGGCUGCAAAAAAGAGAGAAAUACAAGACCUUUCAAAAACUGUGGAAAGGCUUCAGAAGGAAAGAAGAAUGAUGCUGUCUAAUCAGAACUCUAAGGGCAGAGAGGAUGUGUCUGCCAAAAAGGCAAAGAAAGAUGUUUUGCACCCAAGUAAAGUAAAUGCUAACUCAUACCCUGCGACCCCGGACAGCAAGCUUUAUCAACCACAUACUUUUACUGAUUCUCACAUUUCAGAGGUUUUACAAGAAAACUACAGAUUGAAAAAUGAGCUAGAGGGAUUAAUUUUGGAGAAGGAUGAGUUGAAGAUGAAAUCUGAAGCAGCAGUGAACCAAUUCGAAAACUCCAUGAAAAGGGUCAAGGAAGAUACUGCAGCACACAUUGCAUCCCUCAAAGCAUUUCAUCAGAGAGAAGUAGAGAAACUCCUUUGCCAAAAUGCAGUAGAAAAUUCUUCUUCCAAAAUAGCUGAACUGAAUCGUAAAAUAGCAACUCAAGAGGUACUUAUAAAACAUUUCCAAAGUCAAGUUAAUGAGCUGCAACGUAAACAAGCGUCUCUUGAACUUUCUGAAGUUCGAGAAGAAAUCCUACAGAAACAGAUUACAAAACUCUUAGAAGAAUUGAAAAAAGCCAAGGAAAACCAUACUCCAGAGAUGAAACAUUUCAUGGACCUAGAAAAGAAAAUUGAACAGAUGGAAAUGAGACACGAGCAAAGAGAACAGGAGCUUCAACAGAUAAUACAGCAAACACAACUAGUAGUAGAAACCGAACAAAACAAAGAAAUUGAGAAGUGGAAAAGACUCGCACAGUUAAAGAAUCGUGAGGUGGACAAGUUUCGCACGGAAUUAGACUCAAUAUUAGAUGUUCUGCGAGAGCUGCACCGGCAGGGGGUGGUUGUGCCAGUUGCUUUUGCAGAUGAACUGAACGCACCGGAGUACUAGAAACUCGGACUUCAUAGGACGUCAUCAAAAGGCCUGAAGAUGGGAUUGUGCCCCUGUGAAAAAGAACAGUUUUUGAAAACCAGGUCUUCUAGUAUGUUGCCGGAAGGCAAACACCAACAUUUCAAAAUAAACCAACAUUUCCUUAACCAAUGAGGAAAAAAGGCCUCAUGGUAUAUUUUACUGAAUAUCAUCAACCAGUCACAUUUUAAAUGAUUUAUGGACAGGUUCCUUUGUGUCAGAUGAUUAUAACUAGUAAGAUUUAUCAUAUAAGGUCUCACUUGUAUGCUAGAAGUAAAAAGAAAAUUGCACAUA